CUGGCGAUCCUUUUCACCAUCGGAACAGUUUGCCCCCCUCGGCAUCGCGCUACGCAGGCGAGUACCGGACCUAGACGCGCGAUCCGAUCUUAUGACCGGUUUCUUGGUUUCUAGCAAAUUGAAAAAAAAAGUACUAGGAUAAGAAGAAAAUAAGCGAGCAUCACUAGUCCUGCAUAUGCUUACCACAAUGCACAGCGGAUAUCGAUCGUACACACAUAGAGUAGGGGCGUUCAAUCACACAACUCCUUUACACUUAACGGAUGCGCGCCGCGGUCCUGUCAUUCCUUGCCUUUGGGGGCCAUAUCGAUACGUUUUAUGUCUUAUUCCCGUUAUUUUGCAACAGCUCCAUGGCUUGCGCACAGAGGAUCAUGACGAGGUACUAGAAGACCCAGUUGCAAAUACCACCAUGGCGGUUGUGGGCACCAAGCAGGGGUUCCCGAAAGAUGGGCAAGACGUCUGUCUUCAUGGGAUGACUGAGGUUCCUGUGCGGUUGCUUCGACUGUUAGAGUGUGUUGCUUCCUCCGACCUGCAAGGAACCUCUUUCGGCUCAUGA